AUGCCGCACCAGGCUUACAGUCUAGUGAAGUUCUAUGAACAAGGCCUAUGGCAGUGCGCAGUCAUCAGUUCUUCAUGGAUUGAGGGUAACUGUGCUAUAUGGCCAAAGGUUCACUCAAAGGACUUUUAUAAGGCCGUUCACCUUCAUUUGGAGCCAUCAGCUGGAUCGAUGAAGCUGACUUGCGAAGUCAUUCAGACUUACGAUAACUUCAAAAAGGCACUCGAACACAAGAAGAAGUUCCAGUAUACAUCGGGCCUGAACACUUCAGAUGUGACCGUUCAGAUGGGCCGAAACCAUCUGCGUCGAAAGCAAGACUACCGUGCGUGUUGUGAAGACUUCUUUUAG